AUGAAUCCCAUUAUCAAGAAACUUCGCGCCAUGCUGGCCUACAUAGCCAGUACGCCCUUCUACCGAUUUUUCCGCCGGCUUUCCCGUCGGCGUCCCGCUCCAUGGGAAAAAGCAAAGGCUGCCCGCGACGCUGCCUUCGCCAAGCAGACCGACGACAGCGUUGAAGCGCCUAAUAUCCGCGGCGCCUCUCUCGAUAGCCAGAUCGACGACAGCAUGAAAGGCAUUUCUAUCCGCGACAGUCCGCCACCAGAGCCCGCCGACAGUCACCCGAACUACACGGAGGAUGUAACCUUACUGUGCCAGGCAGACCCAGUCUACGCCUUCACCGCCACCACUACCACCACCACCACUACCACCAUCAAACAACUGCCCAACCACUACCACACCUUCCACAAAGAAUACGUACUUCAGCGCGUCGACUACGUCCUCAUCCUUCCGCCAACAAUUAUUAUCACGCCAUGCGAGGACAACGAUCCAGAAUGGGUAGAGAGCAAUUACCCGUACGAGCCUCCCAUCCGGGGACUCCUGAGUCGGAAUUGGGGAGCACGGAGGCAUGAGACGUCGUGGCAGUAUACGGCGUUCUGGGAAAGACAGGAGAGGUUGUCGCGGUCCCAGCAGAAGAGGCUGGAUCAGAAGUAUGGUGUUGGGAUGAGAGUUGCGAAGCAGGCUGGGGAAUUUAAGACCAGUAAGGGGGAUGAUUGUUACUGGACCGAUGAUGACGACGAAGAUUCGGAUGAUGAGGAUGAGGACGAAGAUGAUGAGGAUGAGGAGGAGUAG